GUUUACAAACUAUUGAGGCGGCAUUUUCUGCAUUUCACCAUAAAUUGCAGAAAUAAUACUCCAGCUUAGCCAUGGACGCCAAAAAGAUAUCAUUUGGCUUCAGCAAGGUGGCUAAGAAGCCGAUCAUACUGCCCAGCAAGCAGCCGAAAGAGGAGAAAACAGUGGAACUGAUAAAAUGUUUGGAGGGCAAGGAAAUAAAGCUUGUAACAGAAAAGGCUGAGGCUGCACCGCUAGUAAUCGAAAUGCUGGGUAGCCAAAAAACUUCUUCGGCCCUGGCGAGUCUAAUGAAGAGACGAGCCGUUCUAUUGGGCGAAGAGGAGCCGGAUCCAGAGGAGACCACGCCCGCUGCCCAGUCCAUAGCUGAGGUAACGGCUGGUGCCGCUGGCGAAAAUCUGGAACAACGUGCCGCUAGAGAACUCCUUGCCGCGACUCAAAACAACCCGGGCGAAGGCUUAGAUGGCCAGAAGCUUGUACUACCAGCCCUGAAGGCAGAUGAACUACCUCUGGAUGGCGCUAAAGAGGCCACACUCGAUGACUAUGAUAACGUGCCCAUCCAACAAUUUGGCUUGGCCAUGCUGCGGGGUAUGGGCUGGGUGGAUCCACCGCCAAAAAAGAAAGGUUCCGGGCCUGUGGACGACGCGCCAUUCUUGCGGCCCAAGGGAAUGGGACUGGGCGCCGACAAAGCUUUGAAACCGAAAACAUUGUUGGUGCAGCCAGAGAAAAAUGAGGUUCUAGAAAUCAAGAAGCAAGCAUAUGUUCGAAUCCUGGGCGGGAAACAGAAGGACCAGUAUGGACAAAUCGAAGGCUUUGAUGAUCAUGCUGGGAGAGUAAUUGUGAAAAUGGCUAUAGGUGGAGCCAAGGAAGCGUUCAAUGAGUUCCUAUGUCAACCCGUUUCGCGCAAGGAAUAUGCACAGUACGGCAAGUGCAUAAAUACGGCAAAGUAUGAGGAGUUCAAAAAGCAGGAGAAUGAGCAUGGACAGAUAAUAGUUAAGCAUGAGAAACCAGCAGAUAGAAAGGAUAGAGAUCGCAAGGAGGAGAGCAAAUCCUAUAGAGAUACCGAUCGAGAUCGAAAAAGUUAUAAAACAGAGGAAGGUAGAUCCUAUAAGGAGGAGGACCGAAGAAGGCACAAGGAGGAAGAUCGAAAACAUUACAAGGACGAGGAUAGAAAGUCUAGCCGCGAAGAAGAUCGUAAACCAUAUAGAGAUAACGAUAGAAAGUCAUACAGAGAAGAGGACCGAAAACUCUAUAAAUCAGAAAACCGUAGCGAAAGACAAUACAAAGAUGAGAAAAAAUCUCCAAAAGAAGAACCACGAGACAGUCAGAAAUAUACGCUAGCCCGAAACAGUAGUUCUUCCACAUCGAAGCGAGAAGACCGACGACGUUCUCCUAGCCCUAGAAGCAGUAGACGUCCAAAAAGCAGCUCAGACGAAGCCGAGGACACUGGCGAGUCCACCGAAAGCGACUCCGACUCCGCGUAUGAACGCCAAAAGCAUAAAAAGUCCUCAAGUAGAAAGUCAAGAAAACACUCAAAGAAGUCCAAGAGCAAAUCACGCCGGGCAGACAGAGAUUCCAGCUCAGAUAGCAAGGAUAGCCAAGAUGACGACCAUCGCCGCCGGCACUCCAGCAAGCACAAAAAGAAAACAAAGAAGAGCAAGCACGCCAGGUCUCGAUCCCGGUCGCGAUCACGCGGCAGGGGUAGAUAGUUAAUACUUGGAUAUUUCAUCUAUUCAGUUGAAAUCUUUUAUUUAAAUAUAGUCCAUUAAACGCUUAAGUUCUUUUGUAUCUUACUCGGGAUUAUCAUAAAUUUCAAUUAACUCACAAAAUAA